CUUGUAAGCGUAGGAAACAAAAGGUCGGUCAAUUGAAUUCUUCCUUUUGCACUUUCUGUCUUACUGUUGUAUCCCUUACUUCCUCUGCAAAUCCCAAUAUCGCCUUACCCGCAAGAUCAUCGAGCAUUCGACGACGGAGGUAUGGACGUGUAAGACGAGCGGAUAAUUCGCAAAGAAAAAAAAUCUGUUUCUCAAUACCCCUUACUUGAAUAAUACACAGCAUGAGCAGCGACAACUUGUGUUAUGCUAUUGUCUCCGGGUACCUCUCUUCGUCUCACAACGACCGGCGUGGUUGUGUAGCCGUCUCCGGGUUAAACGCUUAGGCGCUACUACACGAGCCCAAUCGAUAUUGAACUUUGUCGUCGUCAUCCUUGCUAACUCAUAUAUUCUUGUAGUGUAACGGGCAAAAUCCGUGUAGUACAUGCGAUAAGCGAAAGUUGGCUUGUAUGUACACGCCGACGAGCCUAGAAAAUGGAUCCCAGGACCCCCUCGAGUCCCCGACCAAACGUCGACAUGUGGAGGGCUCACCUAGAAAUACAAGAACUACUCUAGAAUCUGGUCAGACCACGACGCACAUCCCAUCUUUAGCGUCGUGGGAUCAGCCUACUGACAGGUCGGCAAUAUGCCUUAUAGAAACAGGGUCGCCUGAGUCGAGUCAGAAAAAGCUAGUCGGAAUAACCCGCAACUUCCACGGCAGUAAUGAUCGCGAUUUUGACUCCCGCUCUCGCGUUAGCAAUGCCAGCGGAGCUGCGGAUGAAGCGGAGAUCAUGUCUCUGCCUAGGAUGCUUAUGGAUACAACGGGCAAGCUGCUUUAUGUUGGUGAAUCGGCGAGUCUUUCCUAUCUACAAUUGAUUCGUAUGAUCGUCGAAACUAUCUCGGGGCCCUCCGAAUUUACCACUGAUCCCCAGAGGCACAAUCUAUUGGAAAAUACGAUUCAACUCCCAUCGGGCACUAGAACAACCGGUCAAUUACCAGACAGGAAGACGGCUGACGUACUUAUAGACGCUUUCUUCACCAAUACAUCAGGCCUCGUCGAUGUAUUUAACAAGAAGGAAUUCCUCCGGUCGGUAGAGCAAUGCUAUAGCGAUCCCCUCAACAUCGACGAGGCGGUACUAUGCAUAUUUAAUUUGGUCUUUGCUAUUGGCCUGGUUGUCGCUCGUCCGUUGGGGGCUGAGCAUGAUACUAUAAUCCGAAAACUGCGCUCGGAACCCAUCAAUCGUGCUGAAUUAUUCUUCCGGGCCGCUAAGAAGUCUUUUGACUCCAUGGCAGGAUUUGAAGAUGGGAAUUUCUGGUCAAUUCAAGCGCUUCUAUUAAUGUCCCUUUAUCUAUUAGCAGUGUCUCAGAGAAAUGCUUCAUACGUUUACCAUGGAAUGGCAGUUCGGUUCGCAUUCGCACUGGGACUCCAUAGGGAGGAAAGUAUGGUAAUUUUUGAGGAACCCGACCGCCAAUCUCGAAAAAACGUAUGGAGGACUUUGUUCAUUCUCGAUCGCUUCCUUGCGGCGUGCCUUGGUCGCCCUAUAACUAUAUCUGAAGAAGACUGUUCGGAGAAUGCCCUACAAUUCCCACCAGGGACCAGGGAUGACGGUGCGGCUAUAAAUAAUGGGGUACAACUAACGAAUUCGGCGGCGCUAGAUGCUGCGGUAAGAAGCUGCUUUUUGAUCGGGUUGACACUUAAGAAGGUCUACUCCAAGAGAAAAGUAUCGACUCUCGUGGCGCAGGAAAUUGCAGAACGUAUUGAAAACUGGGAGAAGGAAUUGCAUCAGAACUUGGAUUGGCGACGCAUCGUACAUGGGUCGAUCGAGUCAACACAAGCUAUCGCCAUCCUUCAUGUUAACCUCUUACAUUGCCACUCUGUGGUGCUCCUUACGAGGCCAUUCUUCUUAUACCUUCUCAAAAUGGGCUGCGAUGGUAUUUCCAGGAACUCUCAAAAACCGCCUCGCUGUAGUUCAAGACUGGAAAGGUUUUCUCAGGCCUGCGUCGAGGCUUCUCAGCGUACCAUAAUAAUAGCUCGAGCCGCGCUCGACGCCGAAUACUUGCCGCAGUGCAACCCAUUCGUGAUAUACUUCGUCUUUGCCGCCGCUCUUGUGAUUCUGAGCAACGAGUUCGCACUAUUAUACCAUAAUCCCGACGGCGAUGCCUCCAUCCAGAGCGCCUUGCAUAUUUUAGAAUACUGCGGGAGUUUCGAUGCUCAGGCUCGACGAGUAUCAUUCAUCGUUGACAGUUUCCACAGAGCGAAUCAAGGUCGAGAUCCAUCGACGAAGAAAAUAUCUUUACCAGGUCGCAAAGCUCCUACCAUAUCUACGAUCUCGCAAAGUUUCCACCAUGACCCAACGUCAUCUUUCUCCAACCAAGUGAAGGCUGAACGACGAGACUCCUAUAUGAGCGAUUUACCAUCACCAGUGAAGGGGAGGCAGUUGGUCAAUUUGCCGGUAGGGCCCUCAGAAGCUACGAUGCGAUCGAUGAUGCCGCCGGCAAUUCAACAGCCUAGUCCAGAAGGGAGCGUUUCGCUAAAUAACGGGGUCGCACCGGUGAGUAUGGCGCCCGGGAUGGAGGCCAUCGGUGGUGAAGAAACCAGUAUUGAGUUUGACACCCUAUGGCAAGGCUGGCAACCAGCGGGCGCCGGCCUGGGCAUCGGAGUUCCCCCACUAGGGACCCAAGAAGCUUACGGACCGUACGAAAUGCAUGCGUCCCAUUUGCCUCAGCCGAACGGCCUCAACCCACAUAUGCCGCAUUUCCCGCCGGCGGAUUACCGGUAAUAGUUUGACGACGAUGGACCUCAACGUUCGGCACGGUAGGGGCACAUACAAGUAUAUAAGGGAGUCUGUCUUUAUUGGGUAUACUAAGGGGCCCCGGCGUCUCGGCCGAAUUGGCGUUGGAAAUCUAGAAAGGUAAUUUGCGCGCGCUAUACAGGUACGGCUAAUGUCUCUGGUUUGGGAAUUUCAGGGGUCGCGGCUAAGAUGGGUUAUGUGACGACACCGGAUAGGAGACGGAUCGAUUCUUCAUUAAUGUCUACCUAGGUAUUCAACGUUUCUAGGAUUUUCUCUCUAAGGGGGUUGAUGUUAGGAAGGUCUCCUUUGUAACCCUCGGGCACACACAUACGUUACAGGUAAUGAAUGAGAUACCGAGUGGGAGUUUCCUGUCUACCUACCUACCUAGGUACCUACUAACUUGUUCUUCGUCGUCUUCGUAGGCUAUAUAGAUUGUUAUGACAUCUGCUAGAAGUUUGCUAUGUUGUUGAUACGGUAUGUUAACGGUAUGCGUUGUCUGGGUCUUGAUGUAUCACUCUUCUUUAAUCAUGGGCUGGGAGCCAAUAGCACUCGAAUGCUGUAGCUAUUCCUAGAAUAUACUUAUAUAUCCAGGAAGUGAGGGUUGAUAGAUUUGAUUACGGUUCACGGGUAAGGUGUGGGGUUAAUAGGAGCAAGAUAAAGUCC